AUGGCAGCUCUAGUGAUGAUGGUAGCUGCAGCUCUCCAAGCCGGCAGUGUGAACAUAGCAAUGUUCCUCGUGGCACGUGCUUUGAACGGAAUCGGCGCUGGAAUGAUCAUCGCCAAUACUCCUGUCUACAUGAGCGAAAUUGCACCGGCCCACACGCGAGGUGUUCUGGUCAGCUUCCAGGGCAUUGCCAUCACUGGCGCUUACAUAGUGUCUUCUCUCUUUGCAUUGGCGCUCCACUAUGUUGAUGCUCCCUAUCAAUGGCGCAUGCAAUAUGUGAUUCUGACUGCUUUCACCUUGAUUCUGGUGGUGACCAUGUACUUUAUCCCUGAAAGCCCUAGGUGGCUCAUGGACCAUGGGAAAGCCGAUGAAGCCUGGGAAGUUCUCCGGAAGCUGCACAAGUCGAAGACUGAUCCCGAAGCGCGACUUGCACGUGUGGAACAUAUUCAGAUCAAAGCACAGAUUGAAGAGGAGAAGUCCCUGCCAUCUGGCUACUGGCACAUUUUGUCCAAUCCUAAUAUGCGCAGAAGGGCGAUCUGCGGAGCGAUAGUCUGGGUUAUGGGGCAAUCGACCGGUAUUGUCGUGAUUGCGAACUUUGCACCCCAGCUCUUCGCAGGUCUUGGCUUUAGCAAUGUACUUCAACUUGGACUCUCAGUAGUCUGGGUUUCAGUAUGCGCCGUUGGAACAUGGCUCAGUGGUCUGCUUAUUGAACGAAUUGGUCGAGUGAAACAACUUGCACUGGGUGGUUAUCUCUGCAGUGCGUGCCUCAUUGUUGAAGCAGUUCUCCAGAAAUACUACAUCGGAACCGAUAACGCAGCCGGUCUCCGUGCAGCCACUGCGAUGUAUUUUGUUUUCGUCUUCCUCUUCGGACUCUUGAUCGAAUGUCCUGGCUACACUUACAUCGUUGAGAUUUGGCCAACACAUCUCCGGAGCGAAGGCGCCACAAUCGGCUUCGUCUCUUUCUUUCUGACGACGAUUGCGUACAACAGCCCAGCGGCAGAGGCGUUUGCGACGAUUGGGUGGAAAUAUUACUUUGUGAUGAUCUCGAUCUGCCUUGUAGCAAACACAUUUCUCCUCUGGUACUGCCCCGAGACUGCUGGUUUGACUCUCGAAGAGAUCGCAGCCAAGUUUGGAGACCACGUUGCAGUAGAGAUCGAGAACAUUAAUGUUGAUCUGGUCGAAGUGGAGAAAUCCGACAAUACACACGUGGAGACCACGAAGCUAUGA